AUGAUGUUGUCAAGGACAUUGCAGAUGACUACUUACGAGGUCUUUCAAUUCCCGUAUUUUACGAGGACGAGGAGGUUUUUGACAUCAACCCUCGUGACCAUUAUGCCCAGACAAUUGGCGAAAUCAUUGAUGCCGCAUGUACCAGUCAAGGAGGUCAAUGCAGUGGUGAAGCACUUCCAUGACACCCACACCUUCUAUCUCUCAAAGGUCUUGCCGGAGUUCAACGUGAACAGGGUUAUUGCUCAAUUUCUGAGCCUUCAUGGAGGUUUCCGCCUUCAUUCUGACCUAAGCAAGAUUGUUCGCGUUGAAUUGAACGGGCAGCCUGUUGACCUAGAUAGCCAUAUGGAAGAUUUGGAUUACGACCCCAGCAUGACCUUCGACGUCACGCAAAUUUCCAAAUCAUGUUGGGUGAGAGUGACUGUUGCGAACAUGCCCCCGCACACCUUUCAGAUGACGAAUGUUGACCCUAUGUGGCGUUUGUUUCGCUUCAAGGAGGCUGCUUUGAACAGGUUCUUCAAAAGGAUGGGUGAGCGUGUUGACCGACGUGACUUUCACAUUGGCUUUCGCAGCGGUGCUUUGUUGGACGACGAGUUCGUUUUGAUGAUGGACCUCGACUAUGAUGACCACACCUGUUUCGAUAUCAUGCCUCGUGGUUUGGGUGGCGCACGACGUCCUCGCCAAGAUCGGCAAGAUCAAGUCAAUGAGGCUCUCGCGAACAUCUCGCCUGAUAACCCCUUCCUCCAUACCCUGCAGACCUUCCAUGGCAUGGUGAGCAACAAUACCCCCAACCUCCUGCAAUACUUCAUCAACCAGAUGUCGUAUGAGCAGAUCAGCGCCUUGAGUGAAACUUGGAAUGGUUCUUCUCAAAACGACCCGCAGAGGAUCGUCAUGGAGAUUUGGGGGCGCAUGCACAAUGAUUUUCAAGCCAUCAGGGAGAUGGAACGCUAUGUCGCAUCAGCAAAGCGUGUCGUCACUCUCUUGCUUGAGACUGUGUAUGUCAGGGAGCUCACCCGUGGCGAAAACAUCGCUCAUCGCCAGAUGACUUCACUUAUCAAUGAUCGCUACGAGAUGCUUCACCAGCAGUUCGUCGAGCAACAACAACAACGUGAUGAAAUGAACCGCUUGGUGGAGUUGGCGCGACAACAGGGGCGACAAGAUGCUCUCAAUGAAAGCCGUGCUUGA